AUGUCAAAUUCAAUUAUUAAUCAUGAAAAUUGUUAUCGACCAAAUGAUGACAAAUUAUGGUGUAAAGAAUGUGUUCCUCGUUGUAUAAUUGAAGGAUGGACCAGUGGGAAUAAUGGUAUUGAUGAAUUUAUCAAGGAUACAAUUUAUAAUGCAAAAUAUUCUGAUGAUUAUGAGGAUGAUAAUUAUCCAUAUAUUCCAUUAUUUCUUGAAUGGGUACCAUUUGAUAGAUUUAAAGAUGUAAAACAAAUUGGUGAAGGGGGAUUUGCCAAAGUUUACUCUGCAACAUGGAUUGAUGGUAAAGCAGAUUAUAAAAGACAAAAUGAUAAAAGUUGGAAAAAAGAAGAACAUAAACCUAUAAAAGUAGCUUUGAAAAAAUUAAAUGAUUCACAAAAUAUUUCUGCUAAUUAUUUAAAUGAGAUUAAAACACUUUGGAAUAUUUAUUCUAAUGAUAAUCAUAAUUAUUUAAAAUUUUAUGGAAUAACUAAAGAUACAAAAACUGGGGAAUUUAUGAUGAUUAUACAAUUAGCAGUUCGAGGAAAUUUGAGAAGUAUUCUUUCAAUACAUGACCUUAAAAAUUUACAUAAAUUGGGAUAUUUUCAUAAAGAUUUUCAUAGUGGAAAUAUUUUACAGAAUAGUGCCAAAAAUACUAUUAAUACUUGUGUAUCAGAUUUUGGAUUAUCAGGGCAAUCAAAUAAACAAAAAUCAGAUAAUAAAAUAUGUGGAGUAUUACCAUACAUUGCUCCAGAAGUUUUGAAUGGAGAACCAUAUACAUUAUCGUCUGAUGUCUAUAGUUUUGGUGUAAUUAUGACAGAAUUAACAUCUGGAAAACCUCCUUUUUAUAAUAGAAAACAUGAAAUUAGCUUAGUAUUAGAAAUUUGCAAUGGAAUCAGACCUGAAUUUGAAAAGGGAACUCCUGAAUUUUAUAAAAAAUUAGCUUAUAGAUGUAUGAGUGCUGUUCCAAAUCAAAGACCAACAGCAAAUGAAUUAUAUGACAUAUUAUUAUUUUGGCAUGAUGCUUCUAAUGCUGAUAAGGAGAUACCAAAUAUUUCAACUUCAUAUGAAAAAAUUCCUGAUGCAAUAUACACUAGUAGGGUAUUCACAUUUAGUAAUUUGCCAAAGCCUGUUAAUUCAUCUAUAAUUACUUCAUAUCUUGAAGAUGAAGAAGAUAAUAAAGAUUGUCAAUUCUAAAUUAUUUGAUUUAGAGGUUUCUAAUUAAUUAUAUUAGGACGAGAAAAAAUAU